ACCACCCACGUGUGCACCCUGUGGUUCCUGUUGUGGCGGUUGAGCCGGUGAGGAGGACCACAGCUGUUCUAUCUAUGAGGAGGACGGCCCGGGAGGUGUCGUGCCGGGGAAUGACAGCGGACACAUGGAGAAGGAGCACCUGUGACACCUGAAGGUCCGGAGUCCCGACUCAACCAUGAAACUCGCCGCUGUGGCCUUUUACGGACUCGCCGUGGGGCUUCUGGCGGUUGGCCUGCGGGAGCUGCUGACUGGCUUCGAGGAGAACCGCUGCAGUAUGACAUACAUGUUCGAGUACCCGGAGUACCGGCGCGUUGCUCUGCCUCGUCGGGUGGCCAGGCUCUACCCGGCGUACGGCCUCUACCUGUACGGGGAGGGUCUGUACGCCCAGGAGACCCGCGCCCUCAAACUCACCGGUGCCCCUGUGCUCUUCCUGCCUGGAAACGCCGGCAGCCACAAACAAGCUCGCUCCCUGGGCUCGGUGGCUUUGAGGAAGGCUGAAAACGUGGAGGGCGGUCUCCACUUCAACGUGUUCACCGUGGACUUCAACGAGGAGCUGGUGGCCCUCUAUGGCGGCAGUCUGCUCAGGCAGACCCACUUCCUGCAUGAGAGCAUUAAGGCCAUCCUAAGGCUCUACAAGCACCUGAAGACCCCCCCUCAGAGUGUGGUGCUGGUUGGUCACUCCAUGGGAGGAGUGGUGGCCCGGGCGCUCUUCACUUUGCCCCGCUUCAACACCAAUCUGGUCGGCCUCAUCAUUACCCAGGCCUCCCCCCACCUGGCUCCGGUGCUGGCCCUGGACCCGUACCUGCUGGAUUUCUACGCUGCAGUGCGACAGAAGUGGGUGAACCAUGCAAAAAAGCUCAGGAACGUCACAGUUCUGUCUGUUGGGGGUGGUUACCGGGACUACCAAGUCCGCUCCGGCCUGACAUCCCUGCCUUGUACCCCAGGAGACCCCAAUAAGUUGUCCCUCGUGGCAACAGCUGUUCCCAGAACCUGGGUGUCCACUGACCAUCUUUCCAUCGUUUGGUGCAAAGAGCUUGUUCUCGCUACUGUCAGGGCCUUCUUUGACCUCCUCGAUCCUGAAACCAGACAGUUCACAGUUAACCCGGAGAAGAAAAUGGCUGUACUGAACCAUCACUUCAUCAGACACCCUGUCAGGAUGCUGGGAGACACUGAAGACAUCUCCCUCUCAGAUUUUCCUGAAGCAUGGAGUGAAGUUAACACACUGCGCCUGGCUUACAGCACACCGAAGGAAGGACAGGUCAAGUACUUUCGGUUUGCCCUGUCGAGUCGCAGGAAAGCCUACAGCCAUUUCUACUGCCGGAGCAGCAACAUGGAGAUGACGAGCUGGGUGUACGGCUGCGUGCACAAGAACAGCUCUUCGUGUGUGCAUGCAGAGGAUCUGUCCACGGGAACUGAGCUUCUGCCCCCCUACAAGAUCCUGAUUCUGAGUCUCAGUGACUUGUCUUCAGUUACUCAUCUGGUUGUUUCCGCCUCCAACCUCAACGGCAAGCAGUUCACGGUGGAAUGCGAGUGGCAGAGACAAGCGUCUCAGACUCUGUCUGUCCCAGUGCCACAUGUCCUGUCCUUCGGACUCACCGUCAGCGACGUUUCGCUCAACUCGUCUGGACUUCUUCACACCAUCAAGCUGCAGCACUUCCACCAGGUCUAUCAGGCUUUCAGAAUUACUGUUGCAAGCCAGUGCAAAGUAAAUAAAGAUCGACUGCCCAAUGUGUACAGAAUCCACGUGUCGUGGUUUGGAGAGGACUCUUUAACCACCGUCAGUGUGCCAUCCGUGACCGAGAUGUCAGCGAUGCUCCACACAAGUCGUCCGGACAACGCCUCCGGUGUCCUCCUUCAGCUCCACACUGCCCCCAACUGCCAGUAUAAGGUGUCAGUGAGGACUUCAUUACCCAGAGUGCUGGGACAGAUACUUCGGUUCUGUGGUCCGAUGGUGCCGGUGUACACGGCUGUAACCCUGCUCCAGGCCUGUGGGGGGCAGCUGUCCUCCAUUCUGAAGUCCAGGCGAGCUGCAGACAUGAGCCUGGUGGUGGCCAAAGGCCUCCAGCCUCACAAAGUCAACCUGCCCGUCUAUCUUCUGCACAUUUUACUUGGCUGCAGCUGGUUUCAAGAGGUCUGGUCAUUUCUUUACCUCCCCCAUAUGGAUGCCCUCCCUCCAACCCACCCUGAUGCUGGAUCUCCUGAGGGCGUGCCUCCAGGGGAAGAAUGGCCCCUCCUUCUGUCCCCACUACUUUACAUCUUGGGAGCAGCCGUGGCAUACUGGGGCAGCACGCUGCUCCGUCUCAUCAUGCGCCUGAUCUCACUAAUAUUAGCUCCGCUCCACAGGCCAUCGGUCUCUAGAGACUGCGGCACCCUGCAACUCCGGACGCAGCUCCUCGUCACUCUGUGUCUGAUAGUUGUGGGAGGGGUGUCCUGUGGGGCGCUGGCUAUCUUUGCUGCCUUUCUGCUCCACCUUUACCGGUUACUGCGGCUGCAGAUGACUGAAAGGUCCUUGAGUCACAUGCUGAAUCUGGCCCCCGAGAAGCACAGGAAAGCCGAGAACGGCACAGUCGAUUCAGAAUCUCUGCGCCAGUCUAAGGAAUGCAAUGGUGCCCCCCUGCUGUCUGAGUGUGCUCUGCAGGAGGUGAGGGACGAUUUGCAGCUCCAUCUCUGCCUGUCGGCGCUCUCCACACUACCGGUCAUGCUCAUCGCACCCUCGCUCAUCCACUGGAUUCGCAACCUGAGGUACUCCACCCAGCUAGAUCCUGACCCUUGCUGGCCAAGCAGUGUGCCUCUAAUCGUUGUGUACAUCCUGCUGAUAAACUGCAACACCUUAAAAAUCAGCAAUAGCAAACUCCUGCCUCUGACGUCCUGCCUCCCCCUCCCCUUGUCCAUCGCCAUGGUGACUUUCUCUCCGCUGCACCUCUACAGAGUCACCCACUUCCUAUUGGCGGCACUCGUCCCUGUGGCCUUGUGCUGCGUGCUCUGACGGUAUCUGUCCCGUUCCACCAUAACAAGCCUUUCUCUAAAUCACAGCCUGACGCGCUGAACCGGCUCCGGAGCGCUUUGUUCCAGGAGGACGUGCUCGAUCUUGCCGCCAUGGAGUAGAGCCAUAAACAUACAUAGCUUGGGGAACUGUGCGCUCGAUGUUGGCACUAAAAGCUCCUCGGCAAUUACACUACGUUUUCAAAUGAGAGGAUGUAACGGCCGUGGAACGUUUGGUGUGAAUAUGGCUCUGAAGGAUUGACCUGAAACCAAGUUUGCCUUACUCUGUAUAUUUAUAGCUCUGCCUUCAAGGAGCAACAACUCCACAACCAGUGAAGCUACCGAUACUAUAGAUUCUUAACAGGGUGUUCAAAUAUGCUCUUUCUGUGUGGUUCCCUGUGUCUCCGCUGGCAUUGUGCACUGCGGUCACUUUGCUGUUAACCCCUUCACUGCCCACUGUGACAGGACGUCUCGCUGUGUGUCAUCUUUACCUUUUUGACUGUCCAAGCACACAGAACCAGUGGCUUCAGUGCAUGCGAAGGCUCCACUCUGUUAUGCACCUUUCACAAGAACAACGUUAUGAUCUACUCGAUGUUCUCCAGAUGCUGUUGUGUAGCUAGACAGAGUUUGUGUAGGAGCCGUAG